ACAGGAAGUGUUAACAUUUUCUUUAACCAGCUGAUAUAGCCAAAUUGUCAACAGUCAAAGCUGCGAUACGUGCGCCGCUGAAACGACAGUAAACACGACAAAAAAAAACGAGGAGCGCAGAGAGGUCAAGACACCAUCGGCGACACUUGACCACACUCUGGACAGCAGAGCGAGCGACUGACACCCCAGAGACCCCGAUCUCCACCCCAGGGAGGAGGCCCAGCCCACCUGCUGCUCCUACGCGGGCCGGUAUGAGCUCCAGAGGGAGUGGAGGCCGCUCCAACGGCACACUACCACAGACCAAGAUCUGCCAGUUCAAACUGGUGCUGCUGGGCGACAUGGCUGUGGGCAAGUCCAGCCUGGUGCUGCGUUUCGUCAAGGGACAGUUCGAUGAGUUCCAGGAGACAACUAUAGGAGCUGCGUUCCUGGCUCAGUCGGUGUGUUUAGACGACACCACGGUGAAGUUUGAGAUCUGGGACACCGCGGGUCAGGAGCGAUACCACAGCCUGGCGCCCAUGUACUACCGCGGCGCUCAGGCCGCCAUCGUUGUCUUUGACAUCACCAAGCCGGAGACUUUUGAGCGAGCCAAGGCCUGGGUGAAGGAGCUGCAGAGGCAGGCCAGUCCCAACAUCGUUAUUGCUCUGGCUGGCCGGAACAAGGCCGACCUGGCAGAGAGGAGACUAGUAGAGUACGAGGAAGCGCAGACGUACGCUGAAGACACUGGCCUGCUCUUUAUGGAGACCUCCGCCAAGACGGCCAUGAACGUCAAUGAGCUCUUCCUGGCCAUUGCAAAAAAGAUGCCAAAAACAGACACCCAAAACCCGACACAUGCAGCGCGACAUCGGGGAGUCAACCUCCAGGACCCAGACGCCCACUCCACUCGAGCCUGCUGCGGCGGGAACUAGACCUCCACACCUCCCACCAGUAUCCCAGCAUCCACACCACCACAGCCCUUCAACCAUCCCGUCUCCUUCAACCAACCAACAGCGGCGGGCCUGACGCGGGGAAACCCGGCGCCCACCCACCCCCUCACCCUCCACUCAUCCUCCUGUCAGAGCAGACGGAAAUUCAGAGACAGAAAAUCAGAGGAA